GACAGGCGCCUGCUCAUGUUUUUUUUUUCCCUUUGCAGUGUGGGAGCCUUUCCCCAACACAUAUUCUGUUCUGGCCAAAUCCCUGGAGAGACGUGGUGAACAUCAGGGCCACGCCUCCAGGGAUGAGGCUCCAGCGCCGGCUCCCGGAAUGAAGAACCGAACAACAUCCCGGCGGUUCCCGGCUGACGUCCCUCGCGGCGCAUCCCCACUGCCCCUCCUCCGUACGGACAUGGCUCCUUCCCGGCCCGGUUUGGCACAGAAGCAGCAGCCAAAGUUUCCUCCCAUUAAAACAGCUUCUCGGGUGAUUUCUGAGAGAGAGGAGACUUUGGCUGCUGCUUCUGUGCUAGGCUGGUCGGACGCCCGUACGGUGGAGAAGUGGGGAGCCCUUCUAAGAUCAGGGAGGGAGCCUUUCCCCAACAUAUACUUUGUUCUGGUCAAAUCCCUGGAGAGAUGUGACGACCCUCAGGGCCACACCUCCAGGGAUGAGGCUCCAGCGCCUGCUCCUGGGACGAAGAACAACAGACCAUCAUGGUGGUUCCCGGCCCCUGACCCUCGCCUGCCUCACCCUCCGUCCGUUCUCCGUGCGGGCAUGGCUCCUUCCCGGUCCUACUUGGCGCAGAAAGAGGAGCCAAGGUUUCCCCCCAUCAAGAACACCUCCAGAGUUAUUCCGGAGCCGGGGGAGACUUGGGUUGCUGCCUCUGUGCCAAGCCGGCCGGGACGGAGCCCAGACACCCGUACGGAGGAGUUCAGGUUGGGGCAGCUAAUAAGAUCAGGUAGGAGGAAAUGCCCCCUUCCCAGGUCCCCCACUCCUGCCCCAUACUGGGGCUAGCGUGGCUGGGAGCCAGGUGCCUGCUGAUGUCUCCGUUUGUUUUGCAGCGAGGAGAAGGUUCAGCCUGGGAGCCGCUGCAUCCCGGGAGGGACUGGAGCCCAGACAAAGGCCUCUCACCCCAGAGCUAAUGGGAUAGAGGGAAGGACAAAGACCCCCAUAGGGAGGCAAAGUGUGGAAAGGCUCAGAGUUCAGGCAGGGGGAAAUGCCAAUUGAGUGCUGGAGUGGGGGGGGGGGGAGCAGGCCUGUCUCUCCCCAGCCCCUUGCCCCCUCCUUCCAAGCCAGGGGUCUGGUCAUUAUGUGCCCAGGCAGGAGCAGCGAUGGUUGGCAGCCAGUGGUGACGUGGGCAUGGGCAGCAUGGCAGGGGUGCUUGUUCUGUCCCCCUCCUUCCCUGGUUCACCUCGCCAGCGCUCAGGCUGUCACUGCAGAAGUUUGGGGGCUGCUCCCCCCGGGGGCCCUAUGUCUCCACCGCAGGAAGGCCCUGCCUCCACUGGCUUGCCUGCCCAUGGGCUGCUGCCGGGCUCCUCUGUGCCAAACAGGAGAAGGAAAGAAGGAAGAGUGAGGAAGGGAGGGAGCUGGGAAGGCAGCCUGGGGGGGGGGAGAAAAUAUUGAGGGCAAUGUGCCCCAGAAGGAAAUCAUUGGGGAUGGCCCAUGGGACCACUGUCCACUAGGGAGUACAAUGUCCUUCUUCCUUCGCAGGGCUGUGGAUUGGGAAAACCUCCAGCAGCCCAGCGGUGCUGGGAAACCCAGUGAAAUUCGGAGCUUCUCAGAAAGGAAGGACGAUGCAGCGGUUGUGGCGCCAGGAAUCACUGGAAGUCGUGGUCCUAAGAGGCUACUGUACCGCAGGGCCCAAAUGGACAAAGGGGUGACGGCCAUGGAAGAUGUGGGCCACGCCUCCAGGGACGAGGCACCAGCUCCGGCUACCGGAAUGAAGAACCGAACAACAUCCCAGCGGUUCCCGGCUGACGUCCCUCGCGGCGCAUCCCCACUGCCCCUUCUCCGUACGGGCAUGGCUCCAUCCCGGCCCAGUUUGGCUCCCUGGCUUGCCUUGCCCACAGAUGUUGAUAGCUUGGCAGGUCCUCAGCUGUGGUCCCCAGAUGAUAUUUUCUGUUGUGAAUUACUAGUUGGUAACUUCCUCUGUUUUUAUUUUCCUUUCUGUCUCACAGGUUCUCAGGCAGGAAGGCAUCAGCAUAAACAAAUCUCCCUGGAGAUUGUGGUAUGUUAAUUCCUUGGGGAAUCCAUUUCCCACAUAUUUAUUUAUUUAUUUUAAUUUCUAUACCGCUUUAUAUUUGUAGUAAAAAUCUCAAAGCGGUUUACAGCAU